CAACUUCCGGUGUCAGGCUGCUCGGGGAGACGGAGGAAAAAAAGCGGGGACACUGAAACCUUUAUUGUUUUUUCUGAAGCCUUGAAUAUUGGAAAUCGUAAACAUUCGGCUUAUAAAGUCAAGCAGCGGAACACUGCGGGUCUGUGACCCCCCCGGGAUUUGUAUCCAGCGUUGGAGAGAACUCAUUCAUUCUGCUCCGUGUUCUCAGCGGCCUGGUGGACUUUAGUCGCGGCUAGUUAGCAGCAGGCUAACCUCCGGAACACGUUUCUCUCUCAAUGACCCCGCUCGCUACGGGAUAAAUACACAUCACGCCGCGAGGCUUGUGUGCGCCGCUUGUUUUGGUAAAUCCCCUUUUUGACGAGAAGGCUGCAACCCGCAGCUGUACCCCGCGGGACCGACAUCAGCGAAACACUCGUGUUUUAAAGUGUUCGCUCCGCUGCUAGCUGCAGCUAGCCCCCGCUAACUGAACCAGCGCAGUCCCCAGAGCCGUGUAGACCACAGCCCGGAGAUGUCGGAUUUCGACGAAUUUGAAAGACAACUGUCCGAAAACCACCAAGAACGAGAUAAAGAGAACCGCCACCACCGUCGGUCCGCAUCUCGCAGCCGUAGCAGAGACAGGAAGAGGAGGAGCAGAGACAGGGAUAGACGCAGCAGGGAUCGCCGUGCAGACAGUAAGGAUCGGAGACACAGGCGCAGCUCACCAGCCACCACCUACCCCCAGGACAAUACUGGAAGCCGUUCUCCCCACCGUGAGAAGAAGAAGAAGGUUAAAAAGUACUGGGAUGUUCCUCCACCUGGUUUUGAACACAUCACUCCAAUGCAGUAUAAAGCCAUGCAAGCUGCAGGCCAGAUCCCAGCCACAGCUCUCCUGCCAACUAUGACUCCAGAUGGCCUGGCUGUUACUCCCACCCCCGUACCUGUAGUGGGCAGCCAGAUGACCCGGCAGGCUCGCCGGCUCUAUGUGGGCAACAUCCCCUUUGGCAUUACAGAGGAAUCAAUGAUGGACUUUUUUAACGCUCAGAUGCGUUUGGGUGGUCUUACUCAGGCCCCUGGAAAUCCCGUCCUGGCAGUGCAAAUCAACCAGGAUAAGAAUUUUGCUUUCCUUGAGUUCCGUUCAGUUGAUGAAACAACGCAGGCAAUGGCUUUUGAUGGCAUCAUCUUUCAAGGCCAGAGUCUUAAAAUUCGUCGUCCCCACGACUACCAGCCCCUGCCUGGCAUGAGUGAAAACCCGAGUGUCUAUGUGCCUGGUACACAGACAAUUAAUGGUGUGGUGUCCACGGUGGUGCCAGACUCGGCUCACAAGCUCUUCAUUGGUGGUUUGCCCAACUACCUGAAUGAUGACCAGGUGAAGGAAUUGUUGACGUCAUUUGGCCCUCUGAAGGCUUUCAACCUGGUAAAAGACAGCGCAACAGGCCUGUCUAAAGGAUAUGCCUUUUGUGAAUAUGUUGAUGUCAAUUUGAACGAUCAGGCUAUUGCUGGACUGAAUGGCAUGCAGCUGGGAGACAAGAAGCUCCUGGUGCAGAGAGCCAGUGUGGGAUCCAAGAACGCCACUUUGACAAGUAUCAACCAGACCCCUGUGACGCUGCAGGUGCCAGGUCUGAACAGCUCUGUGACCCAGAUGGGCGGUCUGCCCACUGAAGUGCUGUGUCUGAUGAACAUGGUCGCCCCGGAGGAGCUCUUGGAUGAUGAUGAAUAUGAGGAGAUAGUUGAAGAUGUCAGGGAUGAGUGCAGCAAGUAUGGCCAAGUGAAGAGCAUUGAGAUACCUCGCCCUGUGGACGGCCUGGAAGUGCCUGGGACUGGCAAGAUCUUUGUGGAAUUCACUUCAGUUUUUGAUGCCCAGAAGGCCAUGCAGGGGCUGACAGGAAGAAAGUUUGCCAACAGGGUGGUGGUGACCAAAUACUGCGAUCCAGAUGCUUAUCACCGUCGGGACUUCUGGUAGAGAGGGCAUGAAGAAAGGAGGGA